AACCUCUCUUUAAAAAUUCUUACGUUGUUCAAAAGAGAAAAUUUAAUUGAGAUUUGUCUGAAUGUAGGUUAUAAUUCGUUUAAACCUAAUAAAAUGGUACGAUAACACUCACUAUUUUUGGUGAACGAAAAAUAUUUAAAUAUGUUUAAAAAUAUAAUUAUGUAUAUUAAAAUGAUGGUAAAUGUUUGCUACAUCGGUUAAGACAAACAGAAUGUCAUUUCAACCCACGUUAUGGUUAUGAUUUCAUUAAGGCAAUUCUAUUUUUGUUAUUAGUCAUGUAGCCUGGUGCAGAUUUCCUUGAAAAAAGUUAGGCACUGUAUUUUGAAGCUCACACCGGUAAGGCAGCUGUUCUACCCGACAUGAAGAUCCUUUUCGUGUGCAUCGGAAACUCCUGCCGAUCGCCAAUGGCAGAAGCAAUAAUGAAGGAUAUUGUGCUGAAAGAAGGUCUUGACUGGAUCAUUGAUAGUGCGGCUAUUGCUGACUGGAACGUUGGCUACUUACCCGAGGAUCGUUGUUUGGCAGUUUUACGGGAGAAUGAACUUGAUUCGAAUCACAUUGGCAGACAGAUUUCGCAGGAAGAUUUCGCGCAGUUUGAUUACAUUUUCGGGAUGGAUGAGAGUAAUUUGAGCGACUUGCAAACCUUGGCACCGAAGAAUUGCAAUGCUAGGAUAGAGCUUUUGGGGAAUUAUAGAAUGAAAGAGUUGGAUAAGAUUAUUUUCGACCCCUAUUUCGAACAAGGUAUUCAUAGCUUCAGAAGAUGCUACGACCAAAUUGCGAUAUGCUGCAGAAAUUUCAUUCGACAAAAACGUACAAGUACUUGAAGUGAUAACUCUAAACAGAAACACAAUCAUCGGAAAUAAAUUUCCCCGAUA